GGGCGAAACCGGUCGUACAUGUUGCCCCUCCUUUGACAACGUGUGAUACUCCAAAGCAGAACGGCAAAAAUUUUAAGCGUCACACCCUGACCUCUUCCCAUGUCAGCUGCAGCCGAUCCCCGCGUAGCCCUCAUGGGCGGGGCCCCAACGCAAGGGAAUCUCCGCGCGGUGCGGGCGCGUGCCCAGGACCUGCAGAAGUCCAUUGAUGAAGUUGUGUAUGGCUUGCGAUUCCAUGCUGGUGCUUUGAAAUGGGACGACAUCAUCCGAAAAUACAGCGUUAUCAAUACACAGCUCGCCGGCUUACGAGAGGCGCUGCGUCCCGGCACCCUGGAUGGUUUCGCGCUGCUGCCGCGGGUGGUUCCGGAGCCGGGUUUCGCGGAGGCUGUGGCAGUGCAACUGGCGUCGGCGCUGACGCCGGAGGGGGAGGCGGCGGCGGCGGAGGCGGCGGCGGGGGUGGAGGGUGCACUUGGGCUGGGGCCGGAGAUGGCGUCUAUGCGGAGGUUUGAGAUCCUGAACAGUGCGGUGGAGGCGCACAACGGCCUCAUAGCGGCGCUCACCGGGCCCCCGGGGGCAGCGGGAGGCGGGGGAGCAGGCGGAGGAGGCGGGGAGGGGGCGCUGAGCGCUCAGGGCCCCCUCCGCAAGCGUCAGCGGGACAUCAGCGAGGCCACCGCGGGGGUGCUCGCCAAGAAGUCGGCAGCAGCGGCGGCGGCAGCGGCGCUGCUGGCAGCGGCCAGUAACGGCCCACCCGCUGCGACUACAGGAGGGGGGCGGCAGCAGGCGGCCAUGCCGGGGCCAGCACAGCGGCGACUGGGGUCGGGGGCAGCAGGCGGGUCGGGAGCAGCAGGGGGGGGAGGGCCGGGAGCAGGGGGUGCGGGGGCAGGAGGCGGGGAGGUGAUGGACCCUGCCCUGGUGUUCCUGUUGACGGGGGCGCGAUGAGCGGGGGGGGGGAGGCGGUGGCGGCGUGUGCGUGUGUUAAGAAAACUGACCGGGUGCGUGUGUGUUUGUAGUUGAGUAGGACAAGAGCAAGCAAUUGGGAGAGGAUGUGAACCGCGAGUACAGGCAAAACAGUGGUAACCAAACCUGAACCGUAACUCAGAAACUGCUUAAAUAGCUCUGGGUGCGUGUGUGUGUUUGUGUGGAGAGCUGUGGCGCAGGAGGGACAAGGGGGGGUGUCAGCCCCCUGGAAGGAGUUGGAUAGCGGCGGAGCCUCUUGAUGAGGAUAGGAACGUAUGUGGUGCACUGUGAUGACAAAAUUGUUCCGAUGUUGUACGGAAAGAGUUACGGGCUUGCAAAGCUGGUUGGACGGCAGGG